AUGGAGAGGAUUGAUACGCACGCUCACGUUGUGCCUGAGGUAUGGAGGCAGUACACAAGCGAGCACGGGUACGACCAACCCGACGGUAUGCCCGCCAUCCCUGCGUGGUCACCUGAAGCCCACAUCGACCUGAUGGGGAAAUUGGGAAUCACAAAGUCUAUACUCAGCAUCACCUCGCCUGGGACACACUUAAAGGCGCACGAUGAUGGACUGGCCCGAAGAGUCACUCGCGAAACGAACGAUGAAGUCGCGAACAUCUGCCGUGCUCAUCCCGAUAAGUUCGGCUAUUUCGCGUCCCUGCCUCUGCCAGACGUUGCCGGGUCGAUUGACGAGAUUGACCGUGCUCUGGACGACCUCGGCGCGGCGGGAUUUGCUCUCAUGACGAAUGCGCACGGAUACUAUCUGGGUGAUCCUCACUUGGACAAGGUCUUUGCGAAGUUGAAUGAACGGAAAGCCAUCGUCUUUAUGCACCCCACUUCCUGCCGUUCCCACCAGGCACCGGAAGGGGAGAGACCGCUCUCGCAGUACCCGGCACCCAUGCUCGAAUUCUUCUUCGACACCACUCGCGCGGUCGUCAAUUUAAUCCUGUCCGGGACCGUGGCGCGCUAUCCGAACAUCACGUAUCUCGUAUCGCAUUGUGGCGGAGCACUCCCGCCUGUCGUGGAGAGAUUCUCGUCGUUCUCCACCGCGAUUCUAGGUGGGGAUGCAGGAGUGAAUUCGAGCACGGUCAAGGACCUGUUCAAGUCCAGGUUCUAUUUUGAUCUGGCGGGUUUCCCUUUUCCUGACCAGAUUCACGGUCUUCUACGGCUGUCAGAUACUUCACGGUUGCUAUACGGGAGCGAUUUCCCAUACACCCCAGCAUCAGCAUUGGGUGGUAUGGGCACUCGCACGGACGAGGAGCUGAACAAGCUUUUCGACAAACAUGUAGUCCAGGAGAUUUACUCCGGUAACGCCCAGCGUUUGCUUCGGCUCUGA